GAUCUCUUCAUCAUCUCCACCACCUUUCCUUCUCCUAUAAAUUCCCACUGCCAUAACCCACACUCUCUUCACCAUCAACCCAACCUAGCUAAACCCACUACUACUGCUUCUUCUUCUCAAUCCUCUUCUAAACAUCCAACCCUAGCUAGCUAAGUACUCAUCCAAAGCAAAAAAAUGGGAGUUACCACAGCAACCCACGAGUUCAAGUCAUCCAUCCCAGCCCCAAGGAUGUACAAGGCCAUCAUCCAAGACUCUCCGACCGUCUUCCCCAAGUUCAUGCCACAAUACAAGAGCGAGAUCGUCCAGGGCGAUGGCGGCGUCGGCAGCAUCCUCCAGACUUGCUUCGCCGAUGAAGGGAACCAAGUGAAGGUUGUGAAGCACAGGGUGGAAGCCAAGGACCCGGCAAGCUUCUACAGCAAGUACACGUUGAUCGAAGGCGGCGCGUUGAGCGACAACGUGGAGUCGGUGGUGAACGAGGUGAAGAUUGAGCCGGCCGGCGAUGGGUGCGUCGUCAAGGCAAUCAACCAUUACCAUACCAAGGGAGAGGCCGACAAGGCUUUCAUUGAGAGCAUUGGACAGCAAACUCUGGGCGUCUACCAGGCUGUUCAGGACUACCUCUUGGCCAACCCCACCGUUUGCGCCUAAUCGAGUUAUUCUGGUCAACUGAUCAAGUUUCGUGUGGAGUGUUUAAGCAACUACUUAAUCCACAAUAAACAAAAUAAUAAGAAUAUGGAGGUGUAUACCAUAUGUUGAGGAAGUAGUUGCAUGUGUGGUUAAUUAGUUUGUGGUCGUAAUUGUGGAGUGUGUGGUUUGAUUUGUUACUCUAAGCGUAGUGCUUGGUUGUGCUUUUCGUGUAAUAAAGUGUUGGUUUCAUUCGUCUUUCAUGUACUCAAGGUGAAGAGUUUUGGAUGAUCAAUAUAUAAACGGU